AUGUUAAAAACAUUCCGUGUUGGCCCCUUGAGAUGGCUCAGCGGGUCUCCUCCUGACGAGACCAAUCAGCUUAAGUGUAAGGAAGAGAGAGCCAGACAUGGCCCUGCAUUUUAUGAUUGCAGAGUGAAGGUAGAACUUGGUGUACAUGGCCAUGAAGAGUUUGCAGCUGGCCACUUGUGUGAAGAUGAUCAAGGUCUAGCAGCGGGGCAGUUUACUGCUUUUUACGAGGGAAGAACUUGCAUAGCUUCUGGUGUAAUCUUGGAGGCCUGGGAUGAUCAAGGAUUUCCAGUAUGCCAAAAGGCUCUUGAAUUAGCAAGAUUAGAAGAUAAAUCAUAG